AUGCGAGAAGAAAUGAACGAAGGUUUUGCCGCCUUACAAAUCAUGAUCGCACAGAAGGGUGAUGAUGUGACGGAUCGAGAUAUCAAAGAUUUGCAACUCGAUCCAAGACGCAUCGAGAAUGAUGGCUAUGACGACAAAAAUACGAGCCGAAAAAAUAUCCAAAGACGAACAUACAUUGGAAAUGAAGUAGCAGUAAAAAAACUGCCCGAUCCUGAUAUAGAGAUGAAGAAAAUUGCAAAACAAUGGAUGGAAAAUGGAGACCUCAAAAGCUAUUUACGCAAUAAGAAAUCAAUUUCAUGGGCGAUUAAACUUAAGAUCGCGGAGCAAAUCGCCAUUGGUCUUGAAUUCUGUAGCGGUGUGAAUGUAUAUCAUCGAGAUGUUAGAAGUGAAAAUGUAUUGCUCGAUGACUAUUUAAAUGCUAAACUCACUAAUUUCGAGAUGAGCCGAAAGAUUGGUGACAUAUCAAAAGAAAUGCCCAUUGAAUCUCUAAGGUUAUGGACUGCACCAGAAAAACUACAAUUUCCAAAACAGCCUUACACCGACAAAUGUGAAGUUUAUAGUUUUGCGAUUCUUCUCUGGGAGAUUUCGACACAUCAACUUCCAUUCGGUGAAGUUAAAAAUUCCUUAAAAGCAAGUGAUAAAGCCAAAGGUGGAGAACGACCCAGUCCAUUUUCCGAGAGUACACCAAAACCAUAUAGAAACUUAGUCGAACGGUCCUGGAAAAAUAAUCCUAAAGAACGACCAUCAAUCGACGAAAUCCGCAAGGAACUUAAGGAAAUGAGAAAGGGAGAAAAGGGAGCUAAACCGAAACGAAGUGAUACAAUGUCUUCUAUUACAUCUGGAUCAGAUGAACAACCAUCACGUUAUCUGACGGACAUCAAUGAAAUAAUAUCGCUUCAUGAGAAGGGACGAUACAAAGUGGCCUUUUCCCAUUUCUUGCACCUGGCUCAAGGAGGCAAUCCUUUAGCCUCCUACUACGCGGGUCUUUAUCUCUUCAAAGGAACUUUUGAAAUUGAAAAAGAUGAAAUCCAAGCUUUACAAUUAUUUCAAAAAUCUGCUGAAGGCGGUGAUGUACGAGGCCAGUAUAUGUAUGCUUAUGCUUGCCUCAAAGGGACCUAUUAUUCCAAGGAAGAAGGUCUAAAAUUUCUUAAAAAGGCAGCGCUUGGAAAAGAAUAUCCCGAUGCUUUAUACAUGGUUUCUCAGCUUUUUUUGAAUGGCGAACACGGUUACCCAGUUGACAAUGUCAAAUAUAGAGAUUAUCUAAUAAAGGCUGCAAGCAAGGGGUCAAAGGAAGCGAAAGAAGAACUUAAAGAGAGUG